CGUAAAAUGUAUAGGUAAUCUGUGUAGUGGACAAGCGACGGACACGAACGAGAGUUACACAAUUACAUUUAUUUUGCUUUACAUUUAAUUCAUAAUAUUAAAUGAUGAUAUUAUCCUGUCAAAGGUUUGUAGAGUAAAUGGAAGUAAAUUUUUAUAAAUGAAGUAAUUUUUACAAACAGACUUUCGUGCGGUGCGUAAAGAAUAGUGAUAAUGAAGUGAGCCUGUGCACUAACUAACUUGGGCUUGGUAUUUUCUGUGUUAUCUGAAUUUCUGAGAUUAAUAUUUAAUUUGUCUAAAAUGAAAAAUAACAUUCUCAAUUUAAUAUCGUGGGUGGUGUUGACGAAGCUCGUUCUAAGUUUACACGUAGUCGAACUCGAAGACGAUCGUUAUCCUCGGAGGGCUCAACUGAGGACAGCAAACGACUAUGAUCCAGAACGUGGUGAUGAAAUCACCGAUGAUGAUGAACAUCACGAAAUAGUCAGCAUGUUGGAGGAAAGAUAUAAAUUUGUUAACGACAACACGUCCACCAGAUUCAAAAUUGCAAAUGAUGAAAGGCAUCCAGUGUUCCCAAAGUCCAGAACCGAGCGGAAACUUGCGUGGGCGUUUAGAGCAUAUGCCGUGAGAAGAAUCGUCGGUGGGAUGGAGACCAGCAUCAGCAUGUACCCUUACAACGUGGCCAUCUCCAGAAACGGAAAACAUUGGUGCGGGGGGAGCAUCAUCGAUGAACAGUGGGUUCUGACAGCUGGCCACUGCUUUGAAUCAGCUCAUGAUGGGGACAAGAAGAAACUGCUGCCGUUUAUUGUAAGAGCUGGUAGUUCUUUUCACAACCGUGGAGGCUAUCAAGCCAGAGUUAAUAGGGUUUUCUUUCCCGAAAAGUAUGCCCCGGGCAAUGCAGACUUCGACUUUUCCCUUCUCCGUUUGGAUAGGCCUAUGCCCAUCGGUAGAAAUAUAGCGGUAUUGAACCUGCCUGCCAAGGAAUACCUCGUGCAGACGGACGACCUGUUGAUUGUAACUGGAUGGGGCAGCACACACGAGUCCGGCUUCGACCACAUUCCAGAACGCCUACGUUUUGUGCCAGUGCCGGUGAUGCGUCUCGAGCAGUGCCAGACGGCAUACCGUUUCUACAUCACGCCGAGAAUGAUGUGUGCCGGAUAUGCCACUGGAGGAAAGGACGCCUGUAAUCAUGAUUCUGGUGGCCCAGCUGUGAGAGACGGAGUCUUGAUCGGCAUCGUAUCCUUCGGCGGAAAGAAGUGCGGGGACUCUCGAUCUCCAGGUGUAUACAGCAGGGUGACUGAGAUCACGGACUGGGUUGAAGCGACAAUCACUGACAACGAGGCCAUCGAUGUACCGGAACUGAAAGCGAAAAUAGAAAAGGCGCGGCUUAGAGAGAAGGAGUUACAGAAGUUCAAGGCCAGAGUGGAAGAAAAGAAGAAUAAGAUAAAGGAUUGGCUCCGUGAGACGCUGAAGUCACCAACUUUCCUUAAAUUGGCUAAAAAGAAACUGAUAGACGCUGGAGUUAUCGGAAAUAAUAUGAGAAGGUCUCAUGCACAGCCGUACAUAGACGAUAACACUUUAGACGAAAUAAACCUAUCUCAUCUCAUCAAUGAAAGAAUAUUGGAGGAUACGGAGAGGAACGAGCCGGAAGUACUGCUGAGGUCGCUGGCGAUGCAGGAGAUCAUGAACGAGAGCAACGAACUACGGAGAACAGACGACGAUGAAGUGGAAGAAAUCAUCGCCUAUCUGAGUAAAUAAAAUCAAUAGUUGUACCUUAUACUCUUGUUUGAUGAUGAUGUUUAAUUUUAAUUGGCAGAUUGAAUUAGAAACAAUUGCUAACUGUGCUCGAUGUGAAGAUUUUUUAAGUCUUCCUUUUUCAUAACAGGCCAAAACUACAAAUGAUAAACAAUUCAUAUUUUCUUAACGUAGACAGUUUCAAAAUACAAAUCGGUAUAGAAAGAAGGAAUGUUUAUCAAAAGUGUGGAAAUUAUUUAUUGAAAUUACCUUAAAUGUAAAGAAUUAGAUAAAAUAAAAGUUCUAAGACACGUUAUACAAUAAAA